AUGGAUACUAAAGAUUUCUUAAAAAGGUUAUUUUUAAGAUAUAGUGUUGGGAUAUUCCUGGGAUUAUUUUAUAUUGUCCUUUUGAACAUAUGUAAAUAUGAUGGGAAAGCACGUUUAAGUAAGAGCUUCAUGAGUAGAUGUCCUAGGAGUUUAUUGGGAUUAGAGGAUUCGAAAGAAUAUUUUGCUGACGAUAUGAAUGAUGACAUGGUUUAUGAAUCUAGUGUAUAUUUAACGGAUGAUACACUGAAGCAUAUUAUGUAUGAUAAUUAUGCACGUUUAUCUAAUUAUGUAAAUUCUGAAGAUACGCACUUGGAUGAUGAAUUAAACGAAAUGUCAUACGACGAAAAUGUCGAAACAUCCAAAGGUGAGUAUGAUGAAUUGUACGAUUUGGAUGAAUUAGCUGAUAAUUUGAAUGAAGAGAAUAAUAUGAAAUCAAAGAUGGAUGAAACUGAGAUAUACGAUGUGGGAAAAUUGAAAGAAACAUUCAUUGAUUAUUAUAAUGAUAGGAAAAAAGCUGAUUCUAAAUUGAUAUAUGUAGGUAAAAGUUUAAGACAUCUUUUGUUUGAAAAUUAUAUGGAUGUUCCAAAAAAUGUUGACAAAUUAUUAAUUGAGGAAGAAUCAAAUGAUAAUAUAUCCACAAAGAUAGAUGAAGAAGAAAAAAAUAGGUUUAAUGAUGUAAUAAUAUUAAAAGAAGAAGAGAAACCAUUAUUGAGAGGUAUAUCAAAUAAUGAAGUACAAAAUGAUAUAUAUGAGAAAAAUAAGAAAUACAAAAAAGAAUCAGAAGAUAUUGAAUUAUUUAGACAAGAUGAUUUCAGUGAAUUAUUAGACGACAUUUUACUUUUACAGCUAGAUGAAGAAAAUGAUUCUAAUUGGAAAAAAAUAUUAAAAGAUUAUAUGAAUGAUACUGUACAAAUUGACGUGGAAACUAUAUUUGGUGAUGAUUCUUUUAGAAAAGAUGAUGAAGACAAAAUUAAUAUUUCAUACGUAAAAGAAUACAAACCUAAAGAUGAUAAUGUAAAAAAAAUAUUAGAUGAUAUAUUGAGUUAUAAAAAUAUAAAAGAUAUAAAUAAACUAAUUAAUUAUUUUAGAAAAUAUUCAGGAGUUUCUAAUAAACUAAUUGUAGAAUGUGUAAAUUAUUUAUUAUAUCAUUUAAAUACGGAAGAAGCUAAUAAUAAAAGUCUUGAUGUUUUAAUUGAAGAAUUGAUGCAAUGUGAUGAGAAUAAUAUAUUUAAAAAAAAUAAGAAAUUGUUUAAAUAUAUAAAAAAUGAAGGAAUAAAGAAAGAAUAUGAAUUAGAUUUCAAUAUUGAGAAGAACGACAAAGAAACAAACGUAUAUUCUAAUGAAAAAGAUUUCUCAAUAAAUGAAGAUAUUUCAUCACUGAAAAGUUAUAACAUGUGUGUAAAAAAAUGUUCUGAUUUAUGGUUGAAUGUAAUGAAAAAUGAAAGAGGAAAAUUUAAUCAUAUAAUAACUGAUUUAUAUAGGUUUUAUAGGACUUUAAUAAAAAAGUAUAAAGUUUCAGGUAAUUUCGCUUUUAAUGAAUGGACUGAGGUCAAUUCGAAUAUUCGAUUAUACAUGAAAAAUGCAGAAAUAUACCUCAAUACAUUAUUUAAUCAAUGGAUUAAUAAUAAUAGACUAAAUAUAGGAGAAUUUAAAAUGCUUGUUAUGAUUAAUAGAUUUUUAUGGAGAAAAAUUAAGAAGGAUCUAUAUGAUACAAAUAAGAAAAAUAUAUCUAAGCCAUUUCAAGAUAAAAUAAAUGAAGAGAAUACGAAGAAAAAGAAAGUUACAGAUAAAUACAAGAAGAUAUAUCAAGAGAAAAAUAAAAAUAUUUAA